AUGGCGGCAAUCCUCGACCAGCCGCACCUCGACCCUGUUGCGGCCGGACCGGUCGACUCGGCCUCCAUUACUCCGCCGCAGAGCGCUAACGGCAAGAAGGAUGCCCCCGAAGGCGUCCCUUCUGAGUUAUCGGACCUCGAACUGGACUCCAAAACCGCCGCUCCACCUGAUGCGAUUUCGGCAAAACAGGAAAUAGAGGAAGAGGAAGAGAUCGAACCUGACCAUUACUAUGGCGGCGGCAAAAUCCCAGUUUUCAAACCGACAAUGGACCAGUUCCGCGACUUCCAAUCAUUCAUUAACCGAAUCGAUAAAUAUGGAAUGCAGGCCGGAAUCGUCAAGGUGGUUCCUCCGAAGGAAUGGUCCGAGUCGCUUCCAGCGCUGGAUGAUGCUGUCAAGAACAUCCGCGUGAAGAAUCCCAUCAUGCAGGAGUUCCACGGAUCGCACGGAACCUACACUCAAGCCAACAUGGAACGACAGCGUUCGUAUAAUUUGCCACAGUGGAAGGGACUGUGCGAGGAAAGCAGUCACCAGCCGCCAGCUCGCCGAGGAGAGCGACGCCGCAACCAGGAACGUGCCAAUCGCGCAGCCCAUACACCGCGGCCCCAGCCGGUACGCCCGGAUGGCCAGAAGCGGCGACCCGGCCGUCCUCCCAAGCGGGCAAACCAAGUCAAAGUCAAAGAGGAGCCUCCGGCCGACGAUGUCGAUAAGUCCAAACUCGAAGGCCCGCCGACGCCUGUGUCGCCCGAGUCCAACCCUGUUGAGGCCAAGAGCGAAGACUUGAGCGAUGGCGAGUCACUCCCCGCCACGAAACCUAAGGCGAAGCAACCCAAGUCCGUGAACGCACGGCGAAAGAACAACCGAGGCGAUGCAGUGGACUACGUCGAUGAGGAGGCAUUCAAUGGUUUUGACUAUCGAAUCCAUGACAACGAAGAUUACACCGCCGAGAGAUGCGACGAGCUCGAGACUGCGUACUGGAAGUCUCUCAUGUUCAACAACCCAAUGUACGGUGCAGACAUGCCCGGUUCGCUGUUCGAAGAGUCCACCGCCUCCUGGAAUGUCGCCAAGCUCCCCAAUCUUCUCGACGUUCUUGGACAAAAAGUACCCGGCGUCAACACGGCGUAUCUUUACUUGGGAAUGUGGAAGGCUACUUUUGCCUGGCACCUCGAAGACGUGGAUCUGUACAGUAUCAACUACAUCCAUUUCGGCGCCCCGAAGCAGUGGUACAGCAUUUCACAGGAAGAUGCACCUCGCUUUGAACAAGCUAUGCGAACCAUUUGGUCCAGUGAUGCGAAGAACUGCAAUCAGUUCCUUCGCCACAAGACUUACCUGGUUUCGCCCAGUCUCCUCAAGUCUCAAUUCGGAAUCACCGUCAACCGCUUGGUCCAUUAUGAAGGCGAGUUUGUCAUCACUUUUCCUUAUGGAUACCACUCCGGCUACAAUAUCGGCUACAACUGUGCCGAGUCGGUCAACUUUGCAACGGAGAAAUGGCUGGACUACGGUCGCAUUGCCAAAAAGUGCCAUUGCGAAGCAGACAGUGUCUGGAUUGACGUGGAUGAGAUCGAGCGCAAACUGCGUGGAGAAACCACUCCCGAAUAUUACGGCGAAUUUGAGAGCGAGUUUGAUGGGUUUGAAGGGGCGUCGGAUCUCCUCACGCCUCCACGCAGUGUGCCUGAGAAAUCCUCCCGAGGCCGCAAGCGGAAGCACCCGGACGACGGGCCGAGGACCAAACGACCUCGUCUCCACCCCGAAGGCCCGCGCAAAAUCCCGUGUUUGUUGUGCCCCAAUAAUCUCGACUACGAGGACCUUCUUCCGACCGAGGAUGGCAAGGGCCAUGUGCACCGACGAUGUGCGUCGUUCAUCGAGGAGACUAUCAUUCUUCGCGACGCCUCCGGCACGGAAGUGGUGUGUGACAUUGAUAAAAUCCCUAAAGCUCGCUUGGGUCUUAAGUGCUUGUUCUGCCGCGAGGUGCGUGGAGCCUGCUUCCAGUGUAACUUUGGCAAAUGCACCCGCGCCUAUCACCCCACCUGUGCCCUUUUGGCCGGUGUUCAAGUUGAACAUGGCUCUAUCGCUGUGAUUGCCGACGAUGGUGCCCAGUAUUCCAUCCCCAGCGUCGACUUGAAGUGCAAGUUCCAUCGCCAGAAGCGACAGGCCGGGCUUUUGGGAGAGUCGUCGGACCUGGAUCGCCGGGUGAUUGAGACUGCUCGCCGCCUGGUACAAGGGGAUUUGAUCCAAUUCCAGGCUGACAAGGAGAUCAAUGGAGCCAUUGUGCUGCAGAAUCGCCCCGAGGAGCGAGCUCUGUUGCUCAAGGUGCUCCCACGAGGCGAUGUGAUCGAAAUGCCUUAUCGCUGGAUGCUCGUUGUUCGCAAGAGUAAUUUCGUGCCCCUCGCGCCAGGAAUCCAACCCCUCCCGACCCACUUGAUGCGAAAGCCCGAUCAGCGAAAAGAGUUAGAAUCAGCGGUCCCAGUCGCAGGCAGUGCCUUUGGCGACAGCCGAUCUCCCUAUCAGUGGGCCGAGUUUGAGACGGUGGAUGCCACUAACAGGCAAUUUGCCCCACCGGUUACGGUCUCCCUCGACAAAGGGGAGCAGAUGUGGCACUACUUGGGCGCGCAAUCCACUGAGAGUAGGGCACAAUAUACACACAACCCUAGCGUGCCCGUCCACAACCCGCGGGCCAAUUUCCUGGACAGCGUCAAGUCGCUUGGCGUGGCUGGUGUCAGCGCUCGUGCAUCGAAGAUCUCACCCCACCACUUUCACUAUGCCACCGCCCCUGCCCCUCCUUACCAGCAAAAUCUUUACGCCCAACACCGACCGCAUUUACAACAUAAAUCGUCCGCCGUCAACGCCCCUCACCUCCAAUCCCGACCGCCCUUCUCUGCCGCCUCCCUGCAGCAUCUCGCCCCUCCCCCUCCCCCUACCUCUGCCGGUGCUGCUGCUGCUGGAGCUCCUGCGAUGCCGUCGGCCUUUCGAACCCUAUCCAAUCAAUCUGCCCGUCAUGCCCCCUACCCUUCGGUCGCCAAAUCGCACGCUCAGCAGCAGCACCACCUUCCUGCCACCAAUACCUUUGCCAACGUUCGGGAACUUAUUGCCCGUCGCCGUCUCGCCCAGAUCACCGACCAUGCCAAUGUCUUUGCCGGGUACACCAUCGUCAGCCCGGAGCUGGUCGUAGAGACCCUGCUGGGUCCCAUGGGCUCAAUACCGCCGGCCAAUGGUCUGGAGAAACUGGAACUGGCCAUGGCCCAGCAGCGAGUGCAGCCCCGGGCGGCGGAUGGGACCUUGCUGCCACCUCAGACCCUCAAUAUGCGGUCGGAAGAGGUGACCCGGCUCCUUCAGAUGCUCCGAUUCUCGCUGGUGAGUCACCGCGAGCGACUGGAUGUGAUUCAAAAGAAGGAGUCGGAGGGUGUCAAGCAAGAGACCGUGGAUCGCGGUAGCAUCGCGGCCGCCAAGGUGCCGGGCAAAUAUGCCUUUCUCGACCAGCAGCGGGCCCAGGCUCCCAAUGUCUACCAGUCCCCGUACAACAUGCCCUCCGGUCUUUCGGAAUAUGCCAAAACCACCUACGGGUUGAUUCCCUCCCCUGAAACGCCGCCCAAGCCGUCUCUGGCGAAUGACUAUUUUGCUAGUCUCUCGCCGAAAGACCAGGAAAAAAUCCUCAAGACCUGCGGGAGCUUUGUGCAGCGUGCCUUUGAACGGUCGGCCAGCCACAGUCGGCACAGCAGCUCAGCAUCAAACCUCCGGCUGUCGUCGGCGCUGGCCCAACAGACCGAAAACCCGACCAUCGACAUCACCACCGUCGAGGAUCCCCCACUGACGGGUCUGGAUUUGCCGCUCCACGCCGAUUCCCCCUGCUCCAGUUUCGGGCGGUCGCAUCUGCGGUUCCAUUCGCCGAACGACUUUCCCAUCCACGGCCCGGAUCCCCACCCAGAUCAUCACGAUCUCUUUGGGGAUCAGCAGGCCAACACACGUUUCUGGCAGAACGGGCCGUGGGCCGCCGGCGAUGGCAACACUCCCAACGACGAGACUCGACCGUUCUUUGGACCUCAUGAACGGCUCAAGCACGAUUACGCGUCUUCGGACAUUUCGUUGGGCAAAGGGCCCGGGUCGUUACAUUCGGUCGACAUGGCAGGCUUUGGUCUUGAUGGGACCGAAGACCUCUGUGCCGAGCUGAGCCCGUAG